UUUACCUGUAAAUUGAAGCAUGAAGUUGUUCAUGUUAGAUUUUCUUUUGGUUUUGUAUGGGUUUUUGUCUUUGCUUCGGUAUGGAUUGUCCUUUUAAUUUGAUAAAAAAAAUACAUAUAACACAGGCAACUGAACUCAAUAACUGCUACAGUGGUCUGUUGUUGUUGCUAUUUGCGGCCCUGAAGCUCUGCUAUAUGCGUGAAUCGCCUCUCGCACCUUAUUUGCAGUGAAUAACGGUUUUGGUGGGUGCCGUUAACGUGAAAUAGCGGCGUCUAUACCGUGACCCAUCCUCUAUCUGAAUCUUGUUACUUUGAGAUCUGUAGAAGAAAGCUACCGUAAUCAUAACUCCAAUGGUUAGAUUCGACAAUGAGAUAUCUUCCUCAUCCUUCUCAUCAUCUUCUUCUAUUUCUGGAAGGAAAUAUGACGUUUUCUUGAGUUUUAGAGGUGAGGAUACACGAAAGAACUUCACAGACCAUCUAUGUUCUGCUUUAAAAAGGGAGGGAAUCGUCACUUUCAGAGAUGAUGAAAACCUUGAGGUAGGUGAAGCCAUCGCACCAGAGCUCUUUAAAGCAAUUCAAGAAUCAUGGUCCUCAAUAAUCGUUUUCUCGGAAACAUAUGCUUCUUCCAGAUGGUGUCUGGAAGAGCUUUCCGAAAUUAUUAAACAAAAAAACGAGAGGGGACACAAAGUAUUCCCAAUUUUCUAUGAUGUGGAUCCAUCUGAGCUACGAGGACAGAAAGGGAAAGUUGAAGAAGCUUUUGCUAAGCAUGGAGAAAAAUUUAAAGAGGAAGCAGUAAGGUGGCGAACCGUUUUAACUGAAGUGGCUAACAUGACGGGAUGGCACUUAAAUAACAGGCAUGAAUCAGAACUUGUUAGAGAUAUCGUUAAAAAGAUAUCAACAAAAUUACGUCAAACAUUUUCAAGUGCUCCUAAAUCUACAUGA